GCCAGCCGGCGUCAGCAGCGGAGAUCCAGUCUGCCCAGUACAGAAAUGAUAGAAAGUGGGAUCGCGCCCCAGCUGUCAGGGACCCCCGGGAGUUCGGGACCGCACGCCACGUCCCAAGACUACAGGCUGCUCACCUUGGACCCGUCCCAGCUGGCGGGGGGCUCCCCAGGGGACCUGCAGCCCUUAUCAUGGCUCACCUCGGUGGAUGUGCACAGGCUGCAGCAGCGGGUUGCCCCUCAGAGCGGCUUGCCGGGGGGAGCUCAGGUGAACAGCAUGAGCUCCACUGAGGGGCGGGACGCUAUGGGCCAGCUCUAUAAAAGUGCGGAAACUAACGUCAACAUUGCUCACCAUGGAAACAUGGCAGUUUCCUGUCUAGCUGGGCAGGUUCCUCUAGAACUCCAUCCUCAUCUUGCGCUCUUGCAACCAUCCCAGGUGUUUGCCCUGGCCCCAAUUGGACAGCAGUGUCCAGCGGUGGGUCUCUACAGCAGCGCCUCCUUCAGCAGCCAGACUCAGUUCCUGCAGCCACACCUUGACCCACAUAAUGAGCACGAGCUGCAGCCCACGGUCUUCCCCAAACCCAUUUACUCCUACAGUUGCCUUAUUGCCAUGGCUCUGAAGAACAGCCAGACCGGAAGCCUCCCUGUCAGUGAGAUCUACAGCUUUAUGAAGGAGCACUUUCCCUAUUUCAAGACAGCUCCGGACGGCUGGAAGAAUUCGGUGCGGCACAAUCUGUCCCUCAACAAGUGUUUUGAGAAGGUGGAGAACAAGCUGAACGGCUCGUCGCGCAAGGGCUGCCUGUGGGCCCUGAACCCGGCCCGCAUCGAGAGGAUGGAGGAGGAGAUGCUGAAGUGGAAGCUGAAGGACCUGGCGGCCAUCCGACGUAGCAUGGCCAACCCAGAUGAGCUGGACAGGCUGAUCAUGGACCGGCCCGAAAGCUGCCGACAGGAGCUCUGUGACCCCAGCGUGACCCAUCUGGCCAUCCAGCCCAUUCCCAGCCCAGCAUUGUUGGUCCAAACCCAUCCUCACGUCAGAAUGGGCCACUCCAUGCAGCAGAACCAGUUGCUGGUGGUGGCCCAAGCCCCGCUGGUGUCCAGAGCCGACUCUCCCUGCUCGGCCCGGACGACCCCCCUCCACACUGUCCCAGACAUCAGCCAACAGCAGAUGGAGCCACCCCAAGACCUCUACGGCCUCCACAGUGACAUAAGCCCUGAAGUGGAUGCUUUGGAUCCUAGCAUUACGGACUUUGCCUUACAUGGGAACCUGUGGGAGGAAAUGAAGGACGAGAGCUUCAACCUGGAGACGCUGGGAUCGCUCAGCGACUCACCCCUGCGCCUGUCCGACUGCGAGCUGGUCCUGCAGGAGGCCACGCCUCCAUCCGGCCCCGGCGCCGCCCCCGUGCCCUUCCCAGACCUGCAGGUGACAGGCCUGUAUGCCACGUUCGCUGCUUCAGAUCCAGGGACCAGCAGCACUCAGUACAGCAACACGCACGGGGGUAGCCGGCCCAUUGUGCUGCUAUGAGAAGCGGAAGCCAAAACUGAGGGGAAGGAGACUUUCAGCGCCAGGCGGCCCGAACCGCCUACUCAUUCCGGCCACAUCCAUUUAGCUCCGCCCACCACUCCACAAGCCUCGCACCACCCUGGCACUUAACGCCCCUUUCCCACUCAUGUCAGUCAUCGAGGAAGCAGGGAAGAUUCAGCAAAGAGGACCUUUCGUUCACUUUUGUCCAAUCACCUGCUGCAGGACCCAAGGUCGACCAAGGACAUUUAAACAGUGUUAAGGGAGACUGAUGUGCAGGAGAUACAGGGGACGGGCUGGAUUUGGACUGAAAGCAGUGGAUCUCAGCCCCCCCCCCCAUUUGAAAUCAAGCAAAUGAGAAACAGCACCAGCUCCAAUAAAUGACUGAUCAAGAAAUAAUAUUUAUUGCUAAGAGCGAUAAACACGUCUUUUUACCCGCUAAGAUUGUUAGCCUUACGCAGAUAGUCAGGCGUUGUGUGUUUACUGUCCCUGUGCUUGGUGUGUGUUAGCAUGUUAGCUAGUGUGUCUUUUUCUAUUUAUGCACGUGAGAUCUUCCCAUCUGCGGACCUGCAGAAGUGUACACUGUACA